AUGGCCAAGAACACCUCUUCCGCCCAUUCCAAUGGCGAUUCCUCCAACCGCAAACCCAGCGAUCACUCCCUCAAAUUCGACACUAUCAACGGCAGUAGCAAUGGUCACCGCAAUGGUAAACCAGCCGUCUCGGCGUUGGAAGACUAUUCAGACGCUCCCGCCUUUUCUCCGCUCUUUCCCGGAAGCUCGAUCGAUCGAAGAGAGCUCGUCAAGCUUACCCUCCAAUCCUUGCGCGAGAUGGGGUUCGAUUCGGCAGCCAAGACGCUCGAAGCCGAAUCUGGCAUCACACUCGAGCAUCCUUCCAUUACAGCUUUUCGCACUGCCGUCCUCAGCGGUGAUUGGAGAAAUGCAGAGAGACUUCUCAUCGAUGGCCUCACCUACGCUGCCAGGCGCAUCCAGGCCUCGCGCAACCCACUAGGUAGCAGCGCUGGCAGCUCGUUGCUCGACGCACCUGCGUCAUCCUCCACCGCCUCUUCCUCGGUAUCCCUGCCGGCUGUCCUCGACUCGUCGAACCAAGACCUCAUCGACUCUGUACUUCGAAGACCGGAUCUGGUCAGCCUUCGCUCGAUUCGCUUCAUGUUGCAAAAGCAGCGUUACCUCGAACUGCUCGAGGCUCGCCAGACCAAAAAGGCGCUCAACGUGCUACGCGAGAAGCUCACCCCGCUCAGUCAUGACACAUCCCAGCUCCAUCUACUCUCCAGUCUCGUCAUCUCGGCCUCGCCCGAACAGCUCCAUGCUAGAGCUGGCUGGGAUGGUGCCGACGGUGAUUCGCGCAGGUUGCUCAUGGUCGAAAUCGAGUCUGCCGUCUCUCCGCUUGUCAUGAUUCCCAGUCGGCGCUUGCCACAGCUGCUCGAGCAGGCGCAGAGCUUUCAGAAGCAACAGGAUCCCUUUUUCAAUUCUCCUCAUGGCUCUCACUUCUCGCUCUUGACCGACCAUAGAUCCGACCGAUCCGUCUUUCCAUCUCACAAUUCCAUCAUCAUCAUGGACCACCGCGACGAAGUUUGGUGUCUACAAUUCUCGCACGACGGCACUAAACUUGCAACAGCAGGUGCUGACAAGACCAUCCUGAUCUGGAGCGUUCAGGACGAUUACAAGCUGUUGCAAAAGUUUGUUCCGCUCUCGGACAACAUCUCGUCUGUUUCUUGGUCGCCAGACGAUGAGCAGCUCCUCGUCACCUCGGACGUCGACGUCACACUUUGCAGACUUGCCACGGGAAGCAUGCUGACGCUUCGCGAACACAGCUACACAGUAGCUACCGCAACCUGGCUCGCAGACGGUUCUGGCUUUGUCACUGGAGGCAUGGACGGCAAGAUCGUUUGGUGGGACACGCAGGGCUACGUUCUGCACAAGAAAACCACGUCACCCUUCCGCGUCCUUAGCGUGGCUGCUUCGCCGGACGGCGCUCAUCUGGUCGCUCUCAGUGCACGCCAAGUCGCGCAAACUGGCCUCUCGUCGUCCACAACUCGCGGCCACACCAGCUCAUCCACCGCUCUGAGCAUCUCCACGGCAUCUGAUCAGCUCAGCGAUACUUCUUCCCAGUCGACGGCCUCUACCGGUAUCAUUCACGAUCGAGCCGAUCUGGAUCUGGCCGCCGACCUGGGAGGUGGAUCGCGGACCAUGGGCACCGAGCGAUAUCGCAUUCAUUUUAUCAAUCUGCGCACGCGCGAAGAGCUGGGCUCCAUCUACCUGCGCGAAGAAGUCGUCAGUCUAGCGGUCAGUGGCGACUCGCAGUACGCGCUCAUCAAUGUGCGUCCUAGCGAGUUGCAGAUGUGGGAUAUCAACCGUCAGUGCUUGGUAAGGCGCUUCAAUGGGCACAAGAUCCAUCAACAUGUCAUCGGAUGCGGCUUUGGCGGUAUCGACGAGAACUUUGUCGUGUCUGGCAGCGAAGAUGCCAAGAUCUACAUUUGGCAUCGUGCCAGCGGCCGCCUGAUCGAGACGCUCGAAGGUCACAACGGAGGAACUGUCAACGAUGUAGCCUGGCAUCCCAAGGAUUCUCUCACCUUGGCUUCAUGCGGUGACGACCAUUCGUUGCGAAUUUGGCGUCCGGGAGGAAGGCCGCUGGCGUCCCCUGCACAUCCAACCGAGGUUGCCCCGAAAUCAGACGACUCUGAAAUGAGCGGCGCAGCGAAUCCCUUCCCUUGGAGUUUCUCGGAUCCAUCAAGUGCAGUUGAGGUCGAUAUGAUGCGCUCGAUCCAUGAAGCGAUGGACGAGGAAGAAGAAGAUUCCGGGGUCAACUCGCCUUCCCCUACGUUCUGA